GGGAACAGGCUGCAUUUGCCUCAGUCUGUUCUUCGUGAAAAUGGUGAAUUUAAUUUGAUUCUUCUGGAUCAAUUGAUGGAAUCAUUUUGAAAUAGCUUAAUGUGCAGCUAUGGGAUCCUGCCUGUAACAACAAGUCGCUUCAGUCUGCCGGCACCAGCAGCUUAUCAGUGCCAGCAGUGAGUGGAUGCUCCGAUGAGAGCACAGGGCAGCUGAGACAAGAAACUGACGGAUCUAUCAUGGCUGGUGCAGAAGAAGGCUUGGGAAGUGUAGGAGCAGAUCGCACCCAUAUUAGCGUUCCUGUUACAGACCCCGCUGCUUGGGCCACUGCUGUGAACCUCGGUAUCGUCCCCAUGGGGCUAACUGGACAGCAGCUUGUCUCAGAUUCAAUAUGCAUCCCUCGUUUUGACCAUGGCCUUGGAAUAAUGACUGGAAUCACCCCAAUCAACCCAAUGAUGGCUGGUAUCAGCUUAGUGCCACCACCACCUGUACCAACAGAGCUUUCAGCAAGUAAAGAAAUCAUUCAUUGCAACAGCUGCACACUGUUUCCACAGAACCCAAAUUUGCCUCCACCAUCUACAAGAGAAAGGCCUCCAGGAUGUAAAACGGUAUUUGUUGGAGGAUUGCCAGAAAAUGCCACAGAGGAAAUCAUUCGAGAAGUAUUCAAUCAGUGUGGGGAAAUUACUGCCAUUAGAAAAAGUAAAAAAAAUUUCUGUCAUAUUCGUUUUACAGAGGAAUUCAUGGUCGAUAAAGCUAUCUACUUGUCAGGUUACCGUAUGCGGAUUGGAUCAAGUACAGACAAAAAAGACUCAGGACGCCUUCAUGUUGACUUUGCUCAAGCCAGAGAUGAUUUCUAUGAGUGGGAAUGCAAGCAAAGGCUUUUGGCAAGGGAAGAACGACAUAGGAGGAAAAUAGAAGAAGAAAGGCUACGACCUCCCUCUCCACCACCUAUAAUGCAUUUUUCAGAUCAUGAAGCUGGCUUACUAGCAGAAAAACUUAAAGAUGACAAUAAAUUCACAGAAGCAGUCGGGGUGUUACUCACCUGGAUUGACCGGGGGGAAGUAAACCGCCGCUCUGCAAACCACUUCUAUUCAAUGGUCCAACUGGCAAACAGCCAUGUCCGCAGACUCAUGAAUGAGAAAGCAGCACAUGAAGAGGAAAUGGAGCUUGCCAAGGAGAAGUUCAAAAAUGCGCUGUCUGGAAUCUUAACACAAUUUGAGCAGAUUGUGGCUGUUUUCAACGCUGCUACCAGGCAAAAGGCAUGGGACCAUUUCUCAAAAGCACAGCGCAAGAACAUAGACAUUUGGCGAAAGCAGUGUGAGGAACUGCGGAAUGCCCACAGUGAAGAAUUAAUGGGAAUACGGAGAGAGGAGGAAAUGGAAAUGUCAGAUGAUGAUUCUGAAGAAAGCCCAAGUAAAAAAAUAAGAACUGAAGACUCAGCUCUUGCUGUACAAGCAUAUGCCUUGAAAGAAGAGAAUGAUAGCCUCAGGUGGCAGCUGGAUGCCUACAGAAAUGAAGUGGAGCUUCUUAAACAGGAGCAAGGGAAGAUGUUCAGGACUGAAGAAGACCAGGCCAAGGACCAGCAACUCCAUUUUCUACAGCAGACAGUUCAAAGCAUGCAACAGCAACUGUUGGAUUUGCAAGAAGACCUGAAAAGAAAAGAGUUGGAGAUGAAAAAGACAAGAGAAGAGAAAUGCUGUAUAGAAAUGCAGCUCAGAGCUGUUAAAGAAAAGGUACUAAGCAACGGUGACACCAUGGAGAAAAACUCCCACGAGGUACUUUCAGAAGGAAUCAAUGGAUGCACAGUACCAGUAUAUCUUCAGGACAAGCAAGUAAAUUCUGAGAGGCACUUCCAAGGACCCCUAAAAUCUGAGAAAGAAGCUCUUUUAUUGGGUAUUAUAUCAACAUUUCUACAUGUUCAUCCAUUUGGUGCCAACAUUGAAUAUCUUUGGUCUUAUAUACAAAGACUGGAUACAAAAAUCUCUGCAGGUGAGAUAGAAAGACUCAUGUUAAGACUUCCUCGAAUGUUCAAACAAGAAUUUACAGGUGUUGGGGCAACUCUGGAAAAAAGGUGGAAGUUCUGUGGUUUUGAAGGAAUUAACACCAUCUGACCAGCAUAAUGAAUAGUCUUGUUUUACAGAAAUGCAGUGCUGCACAACAGCAGGUUUAUGUACUUUCUUAGUGAGAAAUAUGGCUAUUGCACAGAGUGGUACAUUUGCUGCACUAUUCAAGUCUGGUUUUUAAUUACAUCUAUCUUGUUCCUUGUGAGUGAAGAGGUAGUUGUGCAGCAGUUACUAAAACUCUCUGUGUCGAAUUGUGACAGAUCAAUUUACUUGAAAAAUAAUUCCAGACUUACAGGGCUGGUUGAGUAAGAUAAUUGUUUGCUGGAGAAUAGUCUCAGGCACACUGAUAGAAAUGGAAAAUAUACAGCAAGGUAGCCUCCAACAUCACUCCCUGUUGCUAGUUUACUGCAGACUGAGCAGUCAAAUGAUCGUUCCCUUUUUUUCAGUUUCUGUCCAGUAUAACAAGGAUUUUGAUACCAGGACCUUAAAAACGUUAUACACUUUCCUGGUUUAAACUCUACCCAAAUGAAGCAUUUGAAAAAAAGAAAAUCUCACUCUGGUAAACACUGUAUGUCUCCAGGAAGGAUACUUUUUUGUUUUCUUUAGGGUUUAGAGGAAUAUAUCUAAGUAAAGUUUUCUGUAAUUAUUUUUCUUGUACUUAUGUGUACUGUACAUGCUGGUUUGUGUAAAAGGCUCAUAAAUGUUAAAUACUAUUACUUGUAUAAAUUAUUUUUUAU